UCAAGUAAUAGUCUUCGCGGCGGUAACAACCGAGUGCGAUUAACUAACACGUACAUACUUAUAUAUUGUGCGGUCGUGGUGCUGUGUGAUUUGUGCCAUUGACAUACCGUAAAGAUAUCUUUGUUAAAUUUUUUUUCUUAAAUUUAAAAAAAAACAAAACAGCUCGCCAAGAUGGUAUGUGCUAUCGAUGAUUCAUUUGCUGAUGAGCUGCCACCAGAACAGAUCGCUGUCCUGCGCAAGGCCUUCGACAGUUUCGACAGAGACAAGACCGGCAGCAUCUCCACCGACCUGGUCGCCGACAUCCUCAGACUCAUGGGACAGCCCUUCAACAAAAAGAUCCUCGAUGAACUGAUCGAAGAAGUCGACGCCGACAAAUCCGGACGCCUCGAGUUCGACGAGUUCGUGACGCUUGCCGCCAAGUUCAUCGUCGAGGAAGACGCCGAAGCCCUCGAAAAGGAACUGCGCGAAGCCUUCAGGCUCUACGACAAAGAAGGAAACGGCUACAUCCCAACGACAUGUCUGCGUGAAAUCCUGAGAGAACUCGACGAGCAGCUGACGGACCAGGAGCUCGACAUCAUGAUCGAGGAAAUCGAUUCGGAUGGCUCUGGCACCGUCGACUUCGAUGAGUUCAUGGAAAUGAUGACUGGAGAAUAAUUCAGUUGAUAGCGACAAAGUGCACCUUUCAGGCAGUUAUUUUUUCUAUUAAAAAAAGUAAAAUCAUAACUUCAAAACUAUCGACUAGUGCAUUCGAGUACGUAUUAAGCGUCGAGAGGCUCAAGACGCCGCAGAAAGAAAAUAAGAGCAUCGUAUAAAACAAAAGGAAAUCAUGGGCCAAUUCUAAUUUUACUCUACUACUACAACUACUACUGCUGCUAUUGCUACUACUUCCUACUAUAUACUCAGCCCGAGCUGCACGAUUUUUUUGCUGUACGGUGGAGCUUCUAUGGUCAACGUCUAUCCGUCGUCGACGAUUCUCUUUCUUUUUCUUUGCCUCACUUUUGCGUCGCUACGAGAAGACAAAAACACACAUACACACACCCACAUGCACAAACUUUUAUUUAUUAUCAGUAAUUAUCUCACGGUAGCUCAAUUUUCCUGUGCUAUUUAUUUAUACAGACUAAAAUUAUUUUUUGUAUAAUGUACGUUUUACUAUUGUAAUACACAAACGCUGUUAAGAGUAAACACACGAACACACAUGUAAAAACGUAAAUUUUUGUCAUAUUUAUUGCUCAAAAUAUAACUUUAUUGUAAUUUA